AGUAGCACACCCCAUCCCCUGAAUUGUCCUCGCCUUCCUCCCGUCCCUUCCCAAAACCCUACACCAAGCGCGGAGGCGGAGCCCAGCCAGAACCUUGCGUCUAGGGUUGCCGCCAUCAUGGCCUCCUCCUCCCCUCCCCCUCCGACAUCGCCCUCCAGGCUGCCGUGGAAGGAAACCUCAGCCUCCUCAAGAAAAUGGCGAGCAAGGUGGACCUGCGGGGAACCAAGGACGCGAGGGGGAAUACCGCGCUCCAUUACUCUGCUUCUAGGGGCUGCCUGGAGAGCUGCCGGUUCCUGGUGGAGGAAUCAAGGAUUGAUGUCAAUGCCGUGUCGAAAACAGGUGCGACGCCGACGUCCUUCGCUGCACGAGAGGGGAAUGUCCAGGUUAUGAGGUACCUUCUCGACCACGGCGGUGACCCUGCGAUGCCUGACGAGAUGGGCUCCACGCCGCUGCACUUUGCAGCAGUGGAAGGGCACUGUGAGGCUGCAAGGCUGUUGCUGUCCAAAGGAGUUCCUGUGGAUCUUGUUAAUUAUUGUGGGGCGCCAUUACACAUUGCUGCUUUUAAUGAUCAUGUUGAGGUUGUGAAGGUUCUGCUGGAGCAUGCUGCUGAUCUCAACAAAGUGUCCCAUCACUUUGCUUCACCCCUCCUGUUGGCUUGCUCUGCGAAGUCCUUGAAAUGCAUCAAGCUACUGAUUGAGGUUGGUGCUGAUGUGAAUGCUCCACCUGGUUACCCUGCAUCAGCUCCUUUAAUACAAGCAGUUAAAAAUGGCUUAACCGAGAUUGUCAAGUUGCUUCUAGAGGCUGGAGCUGACCCUAACACUCCUAACAUGCAUGAUGCAAUUCCAAUCGUGCAAGCAGCUGCUAAUCGUCGACGUGACCUUGUUGAAGUUUUAUUUCCUAGGACAAAACCAAUUCCAUCUCUGCCAGAUUGGAGUGUUGAUGGGAUAAUUAGAACCGUGAAUUCUCCGCAUUUCAAUCCUCUUCAGCCUGUAGUUUCGGUGAAAGAGAGAAUUGCAGAUUGGAAGUCACGAGCAAAGGAAGCAUUUGCAAAGGAGGACUACGUUAUAGCACUAUCCUUCUAUGGCCUGGUAAUUCAAAUAAACCCACUUGACGCCUCCAUGUUUGCCAACAGUAGCCUCUGUUGGCUGCGUCUGAGACAUGGGGUUAAAGCUUUGGAAGACGCGCGCAAGUGCAGACUGAUCCGGCCCCGUUGGUCCAAGGCCUGGUAUCGUGAAGGCGAAGCCCUCAGCUUCAUGAAGGACUACAAUGGCGCCGCUGACGCGUUCCGGCAGGCAGUGCAGCUGGACCCCGGGAGCGAAGAGAUUAGGGAAGCCCUGAGGAAGGCCGAGAAGGCUGCAGAGGUGUCGCGGUGCGUGUAAUAUUGACGGGCUGCUCAGAGAGAAGGAAACACGGAAAACUCUGCCUUGUUUCCUCACAUUUCCCUGAGAUAUCCCUUCAACGGCAACUAUACCCUAGUAUUAAUAGCUAAGACUGCUCAUGUGUUGGGAUGUCCUACGCUCUGCUCGAUCAUGGUUUCUCGAUUUUGGUAGGAUAUGGCGAUGAGAGGGUCAUGUUUUCGCAUCUUAGUUUUGUAGGGUGGUGUGUUGUAUAUAUAGGUUGGAUGUUAUGCUUUCCUGAGAAUAGCUAAACAUUUCUCUGCAUUUUGCGUCUGAGGAGCUUAGGUGAAAAAUGCAUAGCUGGCUGCACUGUCUCCCUUCAGUCUGGGCCAUCUGGGACUUCUGGUUGUCUUUCACCGGGUUGACAAUCCAUCCGAUAAACAAUGUAGAA